CAAGAAGCAACCAGCGAAUGAAUAUAUUGGACCCAGAAAACGACAACUCUCUCCGGCAAAGGCGCUGAGGCUUGACCCCUUGUGCUGAUUUCUACAACAACAGAAAACAGGAAAACCGAAGAGGAACGAGUAUGUAAGAAGGAAUUGCUUGCCCUUCUUGGAAGUCUCUAACUUCGAAAGGUCCGCGUGUUCAUCACUGUCGCACUUUUUCACAUCCAACGGCUAGGAACGUCUCGCUGGCGUAAGCGGAAGCUAAGAUCCGUUGGAUUUAACCCAUACUUGCUAUUCAUUAUCCAAUCACCAGUAUGACCGGGCCGACCCGGACUGUCGCGACCCGGUUUCAAGAUAGCCGAGUUGUCAAACAUGGAUAAACCCUCUUAAGUCUUGGUAGCAUUCAAUCAAUUAACCAUGUCGUCACUUCAGCUAAUCCCACCUUCUCUUUCGCUUCCACUCCUUCUGAACUGUAAACUUCCAAGAGGUAACAGAGCUUCAGAGCCUCAUACCCUCGCGCAAAUUUCUAAGCUAAAGCGGAGCGUAGCUCGAGCUUCCAUCAACGGCGACACAAAUGGAGCUGUCGAACCGCCGAAACCCGCUCGCCGAGGCAGGAAAAAGGGACCCAUUUCGUCCUCAGCCACCUCUCCCCCUAAGAAAACAAAGGGUUCUAGAAAAACUGAAGCCGAGAACGGCACAGUCGGAGCCAACGAAUCAGAGAAGCUAGACCCAGAAUUCGACGACUACGACGACGGAAUCGACUUCCCGUACGACGACCCACCACUGAUCUGCUGCUUCGGCGCCGCACGGAAAGAGUUUGUGCCCACGGUCCGAGUGUCCGACAACCAAAUGCACCCGGACAUCUACUCAGAGUGGAAGAUGCUCCAGUGGGACCCGCCGGAGUUCGUGAGGGCCCCAGGUGGGCCACCGUCCAACGUGGCGAUAUCGCUCGUGAGGCUGGGCGGGCGAGCCGCUUUCAUGGGCAAGGUUGGGAAGGACAACCUUGGGGACGAGAUGGUUUUGGCGAUGAACAAGGAGAAGGUGCAGACGAGGGCUGUGAAGUUCGAUGGGAAUGCUAAGACGGCGUGCACGUACGUGAAGCUUAAUUUUGAGGACGGUAGGAUGAAAUCCGAGACGGUGAAAGAGGCCGCCGAGGAUUCGCUUCUUAGCUCCGAGUUGAACCUCGCUGUGCUCAAAGAGGCUAGAAUUUUUCAUUUUAAUUCAGAAGUUCUAACAUCCCCAUCAUUGCAAUCAACCCUUUUUAGAGCAAUUGCGUGGUCUAAAAAGUUCGGAGGUCUUACAUUUUUCGACUUGAAUUUGCCCUUGCCUCUGUGGAAAUCGCGUGAUGAGACGAGGGAAAUUAUCAAGAAAGCCUGGAAUGAAGCAAACAUCAUUGAGGUUUCAAGGCAAGAGCUAGAGUUUCUUCUAGAUGAAGAUUAUUAUGAGAGGAAAAGAAACUACAGGCCUCAAUACUAUGCUGACAAUUUUGAGCAAACCAAGAACCGGCGGCGAGAUUAUUACCAUUAUACCCGUGAGGAAAUCUCUCCAUUGUGGCAUGAUGGUCUUAAAUUUUUGUUCGUGACUGAUGGAACUCUUCGAAUUCAUUACUAUUCCCCUUCAUUUGAUGGUGUGGUGAUCGGAACAGAAGAUGUGCUCAUCACCCCAUUUACUUGCGAUAGGACUGGUUCUGGUGAUGCUGUUGUGGCAGGGAUUAUGAGAAAGUUGACCACAAACCCUGAGAUGUUCGAAAAUCAAGAUGUUUUAGAGAGGCAGCUUCGUUUUGCAAUUUCUGCAGGGAUCAUAUCACAGUGGACUAUUGGUGCAGUGAGAGGUUUUCCUACUGAAAGUGCAACACAAAAUUUGAAAGAACAGGUUUAUGUACCUUCAUUGUGGUAGAGAACAGAACAGGUUUAUGUGUGCCUUUAACGUGGCAGAGCGGAUCCUGAAACAUGAUGAUUUCUAUUUUCUGAUAAAUUUGUUGUAUGUUAUCAGGAGCUUUGAGAACUGUCUCCCAUGAAGGUGGGGGGAGAAGUUUUUUUGAAGAUUGCAUGAAAUGGAAUCACAGAUUGUAGGUGCACUUGAUGUGCUUUACACUGUCUCUUGUAAUGGAAUCAGAGUUUUUGAA